AUGGCAGGAAGUUGGGCCCCUGUGCGCCUGGCUGGCAGCCGUGGGAGUUGUGCCGGCCGCGUGGAACUCUUCUACCAGGGAGGCUGGGGCACUGUGUGUGACGACCUGUGGGGCCUCCCAGAAGCCAACGUCGUGUGCAGGCAGCUGGGGUGUGGCGGGGCCAUCGCAGCCCCCGGGGAGGCACACUUUGGGGAAGGUUCUGGAAAGAUCCUCCUGGACAAUGUGCGCUGCCUGGGAGAGGAGCCGCACCUCGAGGGAUGCUCACACGUCGGCUGGUUCUCCCACAACUGUGCUCACGGGGAAGACGCCGGUGUGAUCUGCGCAGAUGCCGACUACUCCCCUGACACACCACCAGAGAAACCUCAGUGUGGCGGCGUCAUCACCAACUCAUCCGGAGCCAUCAGGAACCCUCCACGCACGGCGCUGCACGACAACAUCACCUGCGUGUGGGAGAUCAAGGCCAACGCCUCCGACCAGGUCCGGCUGGCGUUCCCACAUCUCAGCCUCGACUGCACCAAUGAGUAUUUUGAGAUCCUGGACGGCCCUGCGUCCUCAGCAAAGUCCCUGGGCAGGAGCUGCUCCGGUUCCUACCUCACCUACGUGUCCUCCUCCAGCUCCAUGACCCUGGUCUACUUCAGGAGCGUCAACAACAUCGGGAAAAACUUUGUUGCUUAUUAUUACUCUGCAGCCAAAGAAGCCGAGUCCCAGACCCCGCGUCUGACCGGGGACUGGCCGGAGCUGCGGCUGGUGGGCGGCUCCGGCCGGUGCUCGGGACGCGUGGAGGUCUUCCACCAGGGAGCCUGGGGUACCGUGUGUGAUGACCUGUGGGACCUGAACGAAGCUGAGGUCGUGUGCAGGCAGCUGGGCUGUGGCCGGGCCGUGUCUGCCCUUGGGAAGGCCCAGUUUGGCCCGGGCUCAGGAGACAUCUUCCUGGACAACCUUCAGUGCGCCGGGGUGGAGCGCUACCUGGGCCAGUGCACCCAUUCAGGCUGGUCGGAGCACAACUGUGGCCACCACGAGGACGCCAGCGCCAUCUGCUCAGAUGCUGAAGAAUCCCUCGCUAAGAAUCCAGGGGACUGGCCAGAGCUGCGGCUGGUGGACGGCUCGGGACGCUGCUCGGGCCGCGUGGAGGUCCUCCAUCAGGAGGCCUGGGGCACCGUGUGCGAUGACCUGUGGGACCUGAACGAAGCCGAGGUCGUGUGCAGGCAGCUUAGAUGUGGACGGGCUGUUUCUAGCCCCGGCGAGGCUCACUUUGGCCCUGGGUCAGGAGACAUCUUCCUGGACAACCUCGAGUGCACUGGGGUGGAGAGCUAUCUGGGCCAGUGCGCCCACCUGGGCUGGUCAGAGCACAACUGUGGCCACCAUGAGGACGCCGGUGUCAUCUGCUCAGAUGCAGAAGCCCUACCGCCGACCACAGCUCCAGGUCCUUCCGUAGCCUCCCAGGAUCCUGUUACAGGAGGAAGCGGCUCUUGUGGAGGGGUCAUUUCCAGUCUCUCUGGCUCAUUUUCCAGCCCACACUAUCCAGAAAGCUAUCCGACAGACAUCCAGUGCGUCUGGGAAAUCCAUGUGGAAAAAAAGUUCCACAUACAACUCAUGAUUCCGAACUUGAAACUGGAAGACAUCCUGGGGUGCCCCUACGACUCUGUUGAAAUCUUCGAUGGCCCCAGGAUAGCCUCGCUCUCCAUGGGGAAGUUCUGUGCCUCCGUGGCUGUGCUGUUUUUCUCCUCUUCAGACAUAAUGACCGUGGUUUUCCGCAGCGAUUCUAUGACAACCAACGUUGGCUUCUAUGCUCUGUUUAAAGCCAUUCCACAGGACGAAACAGAGUCAGAAGAUGGACCAAUGCUGCAACUUGUGGGCGGCUCCAGCCGGUGCUCGGGACGCGUGGAGGUCUUCCACCAGGGGGCCUGGGGCACCGUGUGUGAUGACCUGUGGGACCUGAAUGAAGCUGAGGUCGUGUGCAGACAGCUGGGCUGUGGACGGGCCAUUGCUGCUCCUGGAAAAGCCUACUUUGGUCCAGGGUCUGGGGACAUCCUUCUAGACAACAUUCAAUGUUCAGGAAGUGAGAGCCACCUUGGCCAGUGCCCCAGCUCCAGCUGGUCAGACCACAACUGCGGCCACCAUGAGGAUGCCGGUGUCGUCUGCUCAGAUGCUGGGACCUGGGCCCCAGAGGUGACCCCUGCUCCCCCAGAAGGAAGUAACUCUUGCGGCGGGAUGCUUUCCAGUCUCUCUGGUGCCUUCUCCAGUCCUUGGUAUCCUGCAAACUACCCCACCAACGUGGAGUGCGUCUGGGUGCUACACGUGGCUGAGAAGUUCCACAUAGAGCUGAGGAUCCCGAGCCUGGAGUUAGAGGACACCUACGGGUGCCCGUACGACUUCCUGGAAGUCUUCGACGGCCGGCAAGCCGCCUCGCGCUCCAUGGGCAGGUUCUGUGCCGGAGCGGAGCUCUCCUUCCUCUCCUCUUCGAACAUCAUGACCGUAGUGUUCAGGAGCGACUCCGUGGUCACCAGCACCGGCUUCCGUGCCCUGUACAGCGCCGUGGAGCAAGACACACAGCCGAGUGGCAUGUCCCUCCGACUGGUGAACGGCAGCCACAGGUGUGAAGGCCGGGUGGAAGUCUCCUACAACGGCACCUGGGGCACGGUGUGCGAUGACGGCUGGGACCUGUCAGACGCCAGGGUGGUGUGCAGGCAGCUCGGCUGCGGGGACGCUCUGUCAGCCCCUCCGCAGAGCUACUUCGACCGAGGCACUGGCCACAUCGUGCUGGAUGACAUGCAGUGCACAGGGGCCGAGGCCGAGGUGUGGCAAUGCAGGCACAGCGGAUGGUUCUCCCACAACUGCGGGCACCACCAGGAUGCCAGCGCCAUCUGCUCAGGGAUCGAUGGCAGUCCGGACGCAGCACCAGCAGACGACGACUUCCAGUGUGGCGGCUUGCUCACAAAUAGCUCAGGCUCCCUCUCCAGUCCUUGGUACCCUCAGAAGUACCCCACAAACGUGGUGUGUGCCUGGGACAUACAGGUGGAUAGCAGGGCCCACGUCAAGCUUACCUUUCAAGUGGUAAAGCUGGAAAAUUUCUACGGCUGCCCAUACGACUUCAUCGAAAUCUUCGAUGGUCCGCAGAGCGAGUCGUUCUCGCUGGGGAAGUUCUGUUCUGGGGCCACCCCGGUAUUUACCUCCUCUGCAAACCACCUGACCGUGGUGUUCCACAGCGACGCCAUCAUCACCAACAGCGGCUUCCACGCCUCGUACGAGUCUCUGGUGCCAGAUGAGAAUGACACUGGGGUAGCCAUCAGGCUGAUGGAUGGCAGCCACCAGUGCGAGGGCCGCGUGGAGCUGUACUACAAUGGCACCUGGGGCACGGUGUGCGACGACAGCUGGGACCUGCGCGACGCCCAGGUGGUGUGCGGGCAGCUGGGCUGCGGCGUGGCUGUGGCGGCCCUGGGGCAGGCGCAUUUCAAGCGUGGCGAGGGUCCCAUCGCUCUGGACGAUGUGGAGUGCGUAGGGACGGAAGCCAAGCUGUGGCGGUGCCUGCACAAUGGCUGGUUUGCCCACAACUGUGGCCACCACGAGGACGCCAGUGCCGUCUGCUCAGCCCCCUCCCAGAGCGUCCCCUCCCCCAGUGCCCCCUCCCCCAGUGCCCCCUCUUCCAGUCUGCACCUGCGGCUGGUGAACGGGUCGAGCCGGUGUGAGGGCCGAGUCGAGGUCUACCACGCCAACACCUGGGGCACUGUGUGUGACAACAGCUGGUCCGUGGAGAAUGCCCACGUGGUCUGCAGGCAGCUGGGCUGCGGCCUGGCCGUGUCCGCCCUCUCGGGGCGCAGCUUCGGCCCCGGCUCGGGCCACAUCCUCCUGGAUGACGUCAAGUGCACGGGAAGGGAGUCCUCCCUGGGAGAGUGUCCUCACCGAGGCUGGUUCAGCCACGACUGUGGCCACCACGAGGAUGCCGGUGUCAUCUGCUCAGAUCUGCCAGUGGUGAGGCUGGCUGACGGGAGGAGCAGGUGCCAGGGCCGCGUGGAGAUCCGCCACAAUGGCAUCUGGGGGUCCGUGUGCGACGACCUCUGGGACCUACCUGCCGCCCAGGUGGUGUGCCGGCAGCUGGGCUGUGGGCCCGCCCUGGAGGCCCCCGGGAGGAGUCUGUUUGGCGAUGGCUCCGGCCCCAUCUUUCUAGACGAUGUGAGGUGCACAGGCACUGAGAGCAGCCUGGGGCAGUGCCACCACCUUGGCCUGUCCGUCCAUAACUGUGGCCACCACGAGGACGCCGGGGCCAUCUGCUCAGACCCAGCCCUGCGCCUGGCGGGCGGGCGCAGCCGCUGCGAGGGCCGGCUGGAGGUGCAGCACCAGGGCGCCUGGGGCACGGUGUGCGACGACCACUGGAGCAUCAGGAACGCGCGCGUCGUGUGCCGCCUGCUGCGCUGCGGCCGCGCGCUGGCCGCCCCGGGCCGCGCCCGCUUCGGCCCGGGCACUGGGCCCAUUCUGCUGGACGACGUGCGCUGCGCGGGCACCGAGGACGCGCUGGGGCGCUGCGCUCACGCCGGCUGGGCGAGGCACAACUGCCGGCACGAGGAGGACGCGGGCGUGGUGUGCGCAGGUGCGGCUGACUCUGUCGUGCCCGAGGACAAUGCACGGCUCUCCUGCUUCCCUCACCUCUUCCAAGCUGUCAUUGACCGAGGCUACCUCCGGAGGCUGGGCUACUCCUCCUGGGACAUGCGCUUGAAUGAUGAGCUGUGCCGCCCCCGAGUCACCGGGCACUACCUGAUCUUCAGCAUUCCCUAUGGCCGCUGUGGCACCGUCCGCCAGGAACACCGCGGCUCCCUCAGCUACUCCAACUCCAUCAGGGGCCGGAAACAUGGCCACCCUGGCCGAGUCAUCGUGCGGCACAAGGUCCCCCAGCUGAAGUUCACCUGCAGGGUGGACAGCUCGUCCGCAGUCGGACUCGCUCACGGGGCAGACGCCGCCCUGGACGGUGCCCUCUACGAUGUGUCCAUAUCCUUCCUCCAGUCACCGGCAUCCCAGCCUGGGAGGGGCUUGGCACCGCACUAUGCCAGACAGAGGGAGGAGGUCUUCCUGCAGGCCACCCUCCACAGCCAGGACCCCAGCCUGAGACUCUUCGUGGAUACUUGUGUGGCUUCUCCUGAUCCCCAUGAUUUUGAAACCAUCAAGUAUGAUUUGAUCCGACAGGGGUGCGUCAGAGACAGUACCUACAGCAGCCUUCCCUCCCGCCAGAAGAACGUGGCCCAGUUCAAGUUCAAUGCCUUCAGUUUUCUCGACAGCUAUGAUGUGGUCUAUCUACAGUGUAAGGUUGCUGUGUGUCGAGUGGGGGACCCCGCCUCUCAUUGCUCCCGGGGCUGUGUGGGGCGGAGCAGGAGAGAGGCCGGCUCCGUGGGGGUCAAGGAAGCACAGGCUGAGCAGUUCCAGCUGCUGGGGCCGCUGGAGAUCCCCAAAGCAGCUGGUCAGAGGAGGCCUCUUGUCUGA